CUUCUUCUUCUUCUUCUUCUUCUUUUCAUUCACUCUCACUCUCACUCUCACUACUGCUACUACUACUACUUCUUUUAUACAUAUCACCAACCAGCCUUACUCCAUAACUAUCAUUACUCAUUAUUACUUUGUACAUAAACCAACACUGUCCAUUUACAACAGCAUCUAUCAUAUAUAAAACUAACUCAUCAUGGCUCGUCGCAACGCACCUCCACCACUCACCUGCCUUUUACAGCAGCAACAACAACAACAACAACAACAACGAGUACCAAACACUGAGCCUGUCUCACCAGGGGCAAUAUCCACAGCUUCAUUCAUGUCGUCGUUCUCAUGGGUGGCCGAAAAAUCAUCUGCAGAAUUGACUUCACUUUUAAAGAACGCGUACUCUACGCUCCGUGAAAAAGACAGAGACCUCGCACUAGCUGCCGAAAUCGGCAAGUCUCUCCUCGAGAAUAACAUGUGUUUGAAGACACGUUACGAGAAUUUGCUGGAUCAAGUGAACCAGUGCAACCAAAGUCUGCCUUCGCCGUCGAUCGAUGAAGGCGAGGCUCAUGAUGACAAAGAAUCACGACAACAACAACAACAACAACAGUGCUGGGACAGCGCACACGGAAGCCAAGAUGAAAAAGACGAUGACGCAGAAGACUACGACAAUGCGAUGCGACUGAUAUCUAAUCAAAAUGCUCGCGAGGCACUGAUCGAAGCACUGGAACGCAAAAACGCCGAGAUGCAAAUGAUGCUCGAUAAUGCCCUGAACGAAUCAUCAGCAUCCACCCAGGCCAACGAAAAACAGAUGCGGAAACUAAACAACGAAAUCGAACUCUUGCAGAGUAACCUGGAUUGUGCUGCACAAAAGAUCCAGGAGCUUGAAGAGGCACGCAAUGCUCGGCAGGAACGAGCAGCAGCCUUGAAAAGAAAAGACAGCAGCAGCAGCAGCAGCAACGAUCCAUAUGAUGCUAAUAGUGCAAGAAUAACGCCCUUGUAUAACAUGCACGACAAAGAAAAUGAAUGGGGUGCUGCCGAAGAGUUAGCCGAAAAGAUGAUGCACAUGCAGUCUGAAAACCAAGGGCUUGCACACGCAAAAAAACUGAUUGAAGACAAACUCGAAACAGCGCUUUCGGAUCUCGACACCAUGCGCCAGCAGUUCCAUCAGUUCCAAUUCACUCGAGACGGUUACGAGAAUCUGCAGGAAGCCUAUCAGCGCCAAUUCAAACAUAUUGAGGAACUCACGACCAGUUUGGAGGAGCAUCGUACGAUCUUGUCACGCUUACGGGACCGUGGUAUCGGCUGGUCACCCAAACCAUCGCCCUCACCCAGUGAAUAUGGUGGCGUUGUCUUUUAUGGUGAGCAACAACGUGGAGGUCCACUACCACCAGUAGCAGCAACACCAACAACAACAUCGCUAUCAUCAUGCGCCCUGCAAGAUCUACGUAUGACAACGCCAAAACAAAGUUUAUUGGGCGAGCUAGAGAAUGCAUGGCUCAGAAGCCUGCAAGAACAACAGAACAAGCCAGAUGACAUGGUUGCUCCCUCACCCACAGCUACAAUUGACCAAGACGACGACGACGACGACGAAGGACACGCUAGCAAUUCCGAUUCAGACUCAUGCUUGUCGUCGUCGUCGCCGACGCCGUCUGUAGCUCGCAAACUGCGCGACGUUGCAAGUCUGACCGAGCAGAAUUUGGCAUCAUUUUACAGAGCACCGGCCGAAUACGCACUAGAGACACCCGUGACGUCGUUCUCACCUCCAUCGCCAACGCCAGCGGGUUGUUUUAGUAAGGAGCCAUCAAUGAUGAUUCAGGAGGCGGCGGCGCGUUACAUCAAAAGCACCAGGAGCGUUCACAAGGGUAGUAGUAGUAGCAGCGCGAGAAGCGUCAAGAGUAAGAGUGGCAGCAGCAUUGACUUUGACCUGUUUUCACCCGGUGGUUCCGGAAGUGUCUAUGCCGCCCACGAUCUCUAUCCACGGCUCUCGUCCGAGCUCUUGUUCACAUCCUUUGAUUGCCGCUACUACUCCAACAACAACAAAGGACGACGGUCACCAUCAACACCAAAAUACUACGCUCCUUCUUCUGCUGUUGCCGCUGAACAUAAUAGCGUCGAACUAUUCCAUGAAGUGCCGUCUGGACUCACUGGCGGCGCUUAUUGGGUCCUGCAAUGUCUCUUUGGUGCAUUGUGCCAGUGGUGUCGGUUUUCAUUAAUCCUCAUGGCUGCCAUACUCAUCAAUCUCUGGCAAGGUCCAGAAGCAAUCAUGGAGAAAUAACAUAUUCUCUCCCCUCUCAAUCUUUUUCCUUAUCCAAUCCAUUCACCGACCUCAUCCAAAUCCAUACAUACAACCCCCAUCCAACCCUUCCUUCCCAAAUGUUCAUAUAUCAUCUUUUUUUUUGUUUCUGCUUUUGCUCGUCCUUUUUUUUUUCAAGUACAUAAUAAUUAUAAUUUGU